AUGAGUCUCACCCUCGGGGCUGUUAUGAGGGAUGUCCACGAUGCACUCGCUGGACGCGAAUACACCGUCAUUGUGUGGGGAGAGGAGGCAUUGAGAAGACUUGGCGCACCAAUCCCGCCUGGAUUGGACCAUGAAAUCAUGCUGGUGGUAGAGCCCCGCUUCAUGGCGGACGCUGGCAAGCGGCUCGAAGAUGCACAGUUUAGACACAUACCCUGGUCAUUUGGGAUCGACAGCCGCGUCCCUAUGCAUCCCGCAGCCGAGAGCCAGAUCAUGGACGAAUUCAGCUCCUUUGAUGAGCGGUCCGAGCACUACAUUUUCACGCGCGAGCACAUGUCCCGGAAGGAGACGAUCAAGGUGGCCCUCAUCCCGGCGACGUACGCCAACAUCAGCACCGCGCGGGAUCCCAUGGAUGACUUUGACCAAAUUUGCGGCUUUUACUGGCCCAAGCCCGGCAGGCUCAUGGCCAGCUUCGUCAAGACAGCGGUGAAUGGGCCCGUCGUCGGUUGCUGGAAGAGGCUGCUGGUAAUGUGGGCGGCCUACUGGCUGUACCGAGGGAAGAUGCUGCCGGAGACAGUCAUGGACAACUGCGACAACGAGAUGGCUAGGCGGUACUUUGAGGCCUGUAUUCGGCCCAUGCAGUUUGCUCCGUGCCAGCCUCCUGUUCCGGGCAUGAAUGGUCAGUUCGUGGGUGUCCACGUCCCACCAUAUUGCCUUAAUUGA